AUGGAAAGGACAAUGCAAGGCCUUCCUGAGCCUCAAGGAUAUAUGGCCGCUCUUGCCAGUCCUGAUGGUCAAAGCAAGAGCUCAGCCGAUGGUAAUCUCUACAUCUACUUUGAAGGUGAAGGAUUUCUCUUCCUAGUGCUUUAUGUGGAUGAUAUCGCUUCUAACCAAGUCCAGCUUAUUCACAAGAUUAAGACAUAUCUCUCUGCAAAAUUCGAGAUGGUGGACCUUGGUGAGCUGCAUUACUGCCUUGGAAUCCAAGUACGACACAACAAGAGACAUGAGAUUCUAGAGCUCUCUCAAGAAAAAUACAUCCUGGAUGUACUUCAGAGGUACUCUAUGCUCGAUGCUAAUCUUGUGGCCACUCCUAUGCCCGCAGGCCUUAAGCUUUCUAAAGCUUCUACAUCCGAGACAUAUCGCACUGCCGGAAAAGCGCCAGAACUCUCUACCGUUCGAUGGUCGGCAGCUUGA